AUGAAGGUACCUAGAAAACACAACAAUUCUGAAACUUCAAGUGAGGAAAACUGUAAUCGAUCCAAGAGAGUUUGUGAAGAAAACCCAGUUGUAAGCAGAUCCUACGAUUGCGCUUUUUGCAAACGGGGUUUCACCAACGCACAGGCAUUAGGAGGGCAUAUGAAUAUACACAGGAAAGAAAAAGCCAAGAACAAGAAGAAGAAUCUCGAGGAAUCUUCAGUGAAUUCUGCAGGUUAUUUUCCUGCAGUUUCGUCCAAUGACCAGGAGCAAAAAGCAAUAUAUUAUGCUGGUAUAGGGGCACGAGUGAGAUUUCAAGUCUACUUGCCAUCGUCAAAUGUCACGCAGGAAAUUCCUCAUUUGACAUCAUCAACAAACCUUAAUGAUUUGUCUUCUGUUUGGAGAUCACAACGUCUUUCUUUGCCCGAUGAUCAUUUGGAUGCAAACUUGAGUCUGAGGAUUGUCCCGCCACUUGUUGAAGAUGGAGUAGGGAAGGAAAAUGAAGUAGAUUUGGAGCUUCGACUGGGUCAUGACCCGUGA